CGUGUGACUUUGCCAGCGGGGCGGAGGAGCGUGUCGUUGCGCAGAGCGUGUGACAGAAACUACAUCACACUGUGGAGCUGAACUUUUCUAUCGGGAGAGGGAGAAACUCAUUCACAACUUUUAAUCCCGCGGCACGACACUAGGCUUAUUUGGAUCUAAAUGAAAAGUAGGCAGCGACACAGAAACACUGACUGAGACGCGGCGCAGGAUGGAGAGCAAAGGAUUACUUCGCUGUAAAAUUGUGGUCGUCGGGGAUGCGCAGUGUGGCAAGACGGCUCUCCUACAUGUUUUUGCCAAAGACUCGUAUCCACAGAGCUACAUUCCCACGGUGUUCGAGAACUACACGGCGAGCUUCGAGAUCGACAAGCAGCGCAUCGAGCUCAACAUGUGGGACACGUCAGGUUCCGCCUACUACGACAACGUGCGCCCGCUGGCCUACCCCGACUCCGACGCCGUCCUCAUCUGCUUCGACAUCAGCCGCCCGGAGACGCUGGACAGCGUGCUGAAAAAGUGGCAAGGAGAGACACAAGAGUUCUGUCCCAACGCCAAAGUGGUUCUGGUCGGCUGCAAGUUGGACAUGAGGACGGACCUGAGCGUGAUGAGGGAGCUCUCCCAGCACCGGCUCAUUCCUGUCACGCACGAGCAGGGCAGCACCUUGGCGAGGCAGAUCGGCGCCGUGGCCUACGCCGAGUGCACGUCCAGGUACUCGGAGAACAGCGUGCGCGACGUGUUCCACGUCACCACGCUGGCGUCCGUGGCGCGCGUCCACCGGCCGCAGCUCAAGCGCGCCGGCUCCCGCCGGGGCCUGAAGCGGGUCUCCCAGCAGCCGGCCCGGGCCGAGAUCCACGAGCACCCGCCCGCUAUGCGGAAGGACCGGGCCAAGAGCUGCGCGCUGAUGUAGGACGGGAAUCCAGGAAACCGCACUGCACAUGAACUGGACGCACUGACUGAUGGACUGAUGGCAGAUAUUUGCACUGGUUGAAGGACAGCGGGUGGGAACGAAUGAAUGCUGCCCCGCGGAGGGAUUGUCGAUUCAUCUUUAGUAAAAGAUCCAUGUAUUUGUUCUGUGUGGCCGUGUCAUCAUCAGUGGCAAAAGCUGCUUUAUGCUUUUGCUUGAACAAAUAUCCACGGACGCGAACAGGACAGAAGGAAAGGGAGGAGAAAACGAAAGGUCACCGCGCGGCAGCCGGUCAGAGCGGAGCCGGUCCGGGCGCUCCCACAUACUUUCCUGUUUUGAAAUGCUACUGUAUUCUCUCGUUAGGCGUUCAAGUCAUUUAAGCACAACGCAACACAACGCACGCAACGUUUCCUGUAAAUGUCAGGGAACCGACUCCGUUCCACUCCACGCGGCAAAAGCUGAAAAGACGAAGCACUAAACGCAACGGCGCUCGUUUUCUUGGACCACAAGUGCUUUUAUUGAGGACGACCGACUAAUCACUCACCACAUUGUUACCGGAGUGUUGUGACAUUAAUGCUGUGACCCUCACAAUUAUGGUUGUGAAGGUCACACAGAGAGUUAAAUUGUGACUGUUGUGUUGUACAUGUAACACUGAAAUAAAAGAAAACUGGCUCCGC